GGUACAGUGAACUCGCCGCCGCCAACCACACCGGACAAGACAACUCGGAUUUGACGAAAACCCCCCUGAUUAGACCUGCUAUCGGACUAGACUAUUUCUCGGAUUAAACAAGAAAAGAGCUUACACAAACAACAUAAUGGACGAUUUGCUUUUAAGAAGGCUUAGGCUCAUUAACGACAAACUCACCACAGACCUAGAAGUUAUUCCUGUUACCAUUAAUUCAGAGAACUUAGGGCAGGCUCAAAUUACUUACAGUAAAUUAGAUGCAUCUCUGAAAAGACUUGACAACGACUUGAUGGAGUACUUUCGCUUGGCUUCGACACCUGCUUCUGAUGAAAUAUGUUUACUGAGUGGAUUGCAACUUCAAACAGAGGAGACUUUGGCUGAACUUAAAGUGAAGAUCGACCAAAUAACUUUGAAAGGCAACGCUACAGAGAAACCUCCGGAAGCGAAUGCCUCAUGCCGACUCCCUAAACUUCAGCUGCCGGUGUAUAGUGGAGAUGUGCUCUUUUGGUGUGAGUUCUGGGACUCCUUCAAGAGCAACAUUGAUUCAAGAAAUCUGCCUGAUGUUGACAAGCUCUCCUAUCUUAAAGCCUCGGUGACGGGAGAUGCCAAGAAAGCCAUAGAUGGUCUGUCUACUACUAAUGCUAAUUAUAGAAUAGCCAUAUCAAUCCUGAAGGAGCGUUUCGGCAAGACCUCUCAUCUCAUUGACGCGCAUUAUGCAACACUAUAUAAGGUUAAGAUGGCCAAAAGCACCGCUGAAGACUGUAGAAAGACAUUCAACGAAGUUGAACGAAAUCUCAAAAUUUUGGAAUCAUUAGGUGAAAACAUCAAUCACAAUCAUCUUCGUUUUAUGUUGCUGGAGAAAUUUCCACCCGAUCUAGUUUACGAAAUUAAGCUGAAGGUUAAUGAUGAUUCUAUACAAGAAAUCAGGAACCAAUUAGAUAGAAUUAUUACCGCAAAAGAGGAUGCUGAAAGGAUUUCAGGAAGAAAACGCACGCAUGAAGCAGAAGAUAGUACAGUCGGAACUCUACAUAUAAAUGUGAAACGUGCAAGAAGCGCAUAUCAACCCAAACAGCAGCAAGGUCCCCCUAAGAAACAAAAUCCUCAAGGAGGUUUUGAUAGAAGACCGGAAAGGAAGAAUAAGUUUGAUAGUAUUAAUAAACCCAAUAAAUGGAACAGACCAAAACAAACUCCGACUUCUAACAAGGAUCAACCAGAACCUCAGCAGGGCUCUCCGAAGGGGAGAACAGCGUGGACAUGCAUCUUUUGCAAAGGUGAUCAUUACAAUGAUAAGUGCUCUGAAGCUACUACCUUAGCAGAAAGAAAGAAACGACUUGGAAAGAAAUGCUUCAUGUGUUUGAAGUUAGGCCACUUUAUAAAAGACUGCAAGAACAAACGUAAGUGUAGCAUUUGCUGUAGUGAGACACCGCAUAACAGAGCUUUAUGCCAUUUAAAUUUUCAGAAGAAUACUGCAAUGAAGAAACAGUCCUGACGGUUCUAGGAAAGGGAUUCACUACUCUUCAAACUUCUGUCGUUAGGGCUAACCCCCUAGAUAAUAAAAAUAAACAAUAUAAAUAUAGACUUCUUUUAGAUCCAGGCUCUCAGCGCUCCUACGUCACAUUUCAAACUGCCAAGGAAUUGAAGCUUCCCAUUGAAGAGGAAAGUCAUUUAACUAUAUUUACCUUCGGUGAAGAUCCUCCUAAAGAAAUACAUAGUCCAAUAGUUACUUUACAAUUGCUGUCAA